AUGGUUUUCAAGGACUACACCGUUUUCUCUCAUGUCUUUUUAGCAACAGCCGUCAUUCUCCUCUCUAGCCACGCUCAUGGUGCUGGCCUUUGCGACAGUGCUCAAAAUAAGCUCGUCUGUAAUGCAAUUGUCCACAAUCGGACUGACCCUCCUAGUGCCUUGAUUGCAUCCAUUCACAAGUUGGUUUACGAGAGCAAAGUUGCAGAGGUGUUGGCUCAAAAGCAAACCAAGUCCACUGAAAUAGAUGACUGCAUAAGGAACUUUAAGAGUUCCAUUGACAACGCCAAAGACGCCUUGAAAGUCCUCCCGACCCAUGACCUGGAUAGCCUGAAUUGCUACCUCUCGGCCGCCCAGACCAACUACCAGACAUGCGAUGAUGGGUUCUCGAAAUCUGGCAAGACCAAUCCCAUUGCCAAAACUUCCAAGCGCUUAGAGGAUAUGGUUGGCGUCAGUUUGUAUCUAUCAACUUUAAUUCCAUGA